AAACUCUUACCGUGGUCGCCACGGACUAUGAAACCUACCUCGUGGUGUAUCGCUGCGAGGACACGGCGGGCCGCUCGGCUGCACCCGGGCUCUGUCUCCCUCACGCGGUCCACGUGAGCGUCCUAGCGAGGCACCCUCUGGACGACAGUACGGCACCUGACAUUCGAAAAGCGCUACAUAGGAUAUGCGUUCCAGAGGACACCCUCGCCAACCUGGAGCUCAGUGAAGGAGGUACAGAAAAAUGUUUCCUGCCCUUCGAUGCUGGUUUUUGCCAGGCCAAGCACAGCAGCUUCUACUACAGCCAGGCAACGGGCAAAUGCGAACCUUUCACGUACACCGGCUGCGGUGGCAACAGCAAUAACUUCCAGAGCCUAAAGGAGUGCCAGGACACGUGCCAGACACCCCUUGAGGCCGCUACUGCGAUUACAGCUGCUCCAGUGGCCUGGAUCUCUAAUUGCUCCAGCACAGCGUCCUGUGGCCUUUCUUGUCCCUCGUGCUGUUCUUGGGACCAAAAUACCAAUUGCAUCGUCUGCCACUGCGAGCUGCCAGAUCUGGGUCCUAGAUUGCGCCCAGCCAGCUGCAUAACGUCGCCAAGUGACUGCCCUGUAGAGUGUCAGAGCAGCAGCAAGACAGACACCUGCUUCGACUGCAGCUGCCUCGCCCCCAAUGGAACGCUUGUACCCGCACUAGAGUACGUUCCUUCUGAGGAGCCCUUCUUCUGUCCGCCUACGUGUACACCAAAGACACUCCACAGCGGCGAACGAAAGUGCCACUGCGCUGACCACACUUUCAAGCUCCACGCUGAACAUUUGUCCGCACGCUUACGUGUGGUGCAGUAG